GCCCUCGAGACCCAACUCCAGCCCGGGCCGGAACUAGUUGGGCCGGCUGCGGAGAGCCAGGCUGCAGGACCACCCGCCCACCAUGCCGGCGGUCAAGAAGGAGCUACCCGGCCGCGAAGACCUCGCCCUGGCUCUGGCCACCUUCCACCCGACCCUGGCCGCGCUGCCACUGCCGCCGCUGCCCGGCUACCUGGCGCCACUGCCCGCCGCGGCCGCCCUGCCCCCGGCCGCCUCGCUACCAGCCGCGACCGCGGGCUACGAGGCGCUCUUGGCCCCGCCGCUCCGCGCCCCGCGCGCCUACCUGAGCCUGCACGAGGCCGCCCCGCACCUCCACCUGCCCAGAGACCCUCUGGCCCUCGAGCGCUUCUCGGCCACUGCGGCCGCGGCACCGGAUUUCCAGCCGCUGCUGGACAACGGCGAGCCGUGCAUCGAGGUGGAGUGCGGCGCCAACCGCGCGCUGCUCUACGUGCGCAAACUCUGCCAGGGCAGCAAGGGUCCGUCCAUCCGCCACCGCGGCGAGUGGCUCACACCCAACGAGUUCCAGUUCGUCAGCGGCCGCGAGACGGCCAAGGACUGGAAGCGCAGCAUCCGCCACAAAGGGAAAAGUCUGAAGACGCUUAUGUCCAAGGGGAUCCUGCAGGUGCAUCCUCCGAUCUGCGACUGUCCCGGCUGUCGAAUAUCCUCCCCGGUGGCCCCACCUUUUCCACAGAGAGACUGUUUCCCCUACUCCCCAUGGCCAGGUACACAGCACUGUGGUGGCUGCACACCGCUGCCCUUCAGAUCCAGGGCGACGCUGUGUGGGGAGGGGCGAGAGCCCCCUGGACACCUUCUUCCCCAAGCCCCUGCGUGUGGCGGGGACACGUUGUCCUGGCAACAGGAGGGAGGGGUCCUAGCGUCCCGCGGGUACUCGCGGCCCCUCGGGGCUCCCUGGAGCUGGGAAAGCCGCGUUGGUCUCCAGCAGAACCGGGGGCGGCUGGCGGACAAGAGGACAGUUGCCUUGCCCCCUGCCCGCGUCCUGAAGAAGGAGCUGACCCCAAGCUUCUCAGCCAGUGGUGACAGUGACAGGAGUGGCCCGGCCUGUGGGCAGCGGCUGGGCUUGAAGCAGGAGGACGACCCGCAUGUCCGUAUCAUGAAAAGAAGAGUCCACACCCACUGGGAUGUGAACAUCUCCUUCCGAGAGACGUCCUGCAGCCAGGACGGCGACCUUCCCACCCUCAUCUCCAGCGUGCAUCGCAGCCGCCACCUCGUUAUGCCCGAGCAUCAGAGCCGCUGUGAAUUCCAGAGAGGCGGCGUGGAGGUUGGCCUGGGAGCCGCAGGUGACCUGUUGGGCAAGAGGCUGGGUCGCUCCCCCCACAUCAGCAGUGACUGCCCUUCGGAGAAGAAGGCCCGAAGCAAGUCCCCUCAAGAGGCUCUGUUGCUUCCGGAACUAGGGCCCGGCAUGGCCCCCGAGGAUCAUUACCGCCGGCUGGUGUCCGCCCUGAGUGAGGCCGGCACCUUUGAGGACCCUCAGCGUCUCUACCACCUGGGCCUCCCCGGCCACGAUCUCCUGAGGGUCCGGCAGGAGGUGGCAGCGGCAGCUGUGAGGAGCCCCAGUGGCCUGGAAGUCCACCUGCCCUCAUCCACAGCAGGUCAGCGUCGGAAGCAGGGCCUGGCUCAGCACCGAGACGGCACCGCCCCAGCUGGUGCCCCGUCCUUCUCAGAGAGGGAGUUGUCGCAGCCGCCCCCCUUGCUGUCGCCCCAGAAUGCCCCCCACAUCGCCCUGGGCCCCCACCUCAGGCCCCCCUUCUUGGGGGUGCCCUCGGCCCUGUGCCAGACCCCAGGCUACGGCUUCCUGCCCUCUGCCCAGGCGGAGAUGCUCGCCCGGCAGCAGGAGCUCCUGCGGAAGCAGAACCUGGCCCGGCUGGAGAUGUCAGCAGAGCUGCUGCGCCAGAAGGAGCUGGAGAGCGCCCACCGGCCGCAGCUGCUGGCACCCGAGGCCGCCCUGCGCCCACCCGACGGUGCCGAGGAGCUGCAGCGGCGCGGGGCCAUGCUGGUGCUGAGACACAGCUCCGCGCCGCUGCUGGCCCUGCCUCCCCAGGGACCCCCGGGCCCCGGCCCUCCCACCCCGCCCCGGGAGCCUGCCCGCCGAGCUCCUCGGAAGGGGGGCCCCAGCCCUGCCUCAACCCGGCCCAGUGAGCCCAAGGAGAUCACAGGGGCUGGGCUCUGGGCACAAGACGGCUCUGAAGAUGAGCCCCCCAAGGACUCAGACGGAGAGGACCCGGAGAUGGUGGCUGCUGGGGGCCAGGGCCCCAUCCCAGGCCAAGCCCCAACUGGAGGGGCCAGCUCUGAGGGGAAGGGGCUUGCCUCAGGGUCCAUGCUGCCCCCUCCACUGCCCCUGGGCCUGCCCUACACUGUCAACCCCUACUUCCACACAGGCGCCAUGGGGGGCCUCUUCAUGGAUGGCGAGGAGGCCACAGCGCCCGAGGAUGUCAGCAAGUGGACAGUGGACGAUGUCUGCAGCUUUGUGGGCGGCCUGUCCGGCUGUGGAGAAUAUGCACCGGUCUUCAGAGAACAGGGGAUUGACGGGGAGACCCUGCCCCUGCUGACAGAGGAACAUCUCCUGACCACCAUGGGGCUGAAGCUGGGGCCUGCUCUCAAGAUCCGGGCCCAGGUGGCCAAGCGCCUGGGCCGAGUCUUCUACAUGGCCAGCUUCCCCGUGGCUCUGCCGCUGCAGCCACCAACACUGCGGGCUCCCGAGAGGGAGCGCAACUCAGGGGAGCAGCCCCUGUCCCCAGCACCGGCCCCCUCCCCGUAUGGGGGCGCGCAGCCCCCUGCCGGCCGAGCCUCACCCAAGCAGGAAAACGGAACCAUGGCUCUGCUCCCAGGGCCCGCGGACCCUUCCCAGCCUCUGUGCUGAGCUGGUGUCAGACACCCCCAUCCUUCACUGCCGGCUGCUCCCCGGCAAAGGCCCCCGACCCCACAGCUUAUCCUCCUUUCGGUUUUGGAUGCAAA